CCGUGGGUCCCGAGCCGCGCUCCGACCGGCCCGCCUUCAGCCUGUCCAUGGCGCUGCAGAUGCAGGCGGAUGGCGACAAGGAGCGCUGGAGCAAGGUGCCGCCUCUGCAGAAGAAUUUCUACAAGGAGGACCCGGCCGUGGCGGCUAUGCCGGACGACGAGGUGGCGCGGGGUCCGGUACGACGCCGACACCGCGCAUCGCGCGACGCCUGUGCCGCGUCACCGUCGCCGCUCUCGCCGCGCAGCGCCGAGAUGAACGACGUGCACGUGAGCUGCGACGAGAAGGACGCGCCGCUGCCGAACCCGGUGACGACGUUCGAGCAGGCGUUCGCCGCCUACCCGGAGAUCCUGGACGAGCGUCAAGGGGGCUUCGAGAAGCCGACACCGAUCCAGGCCCAGGGCUGGCCCGUGCUGCUCUCCGGUCAGGACAUGAUCGGCAUCGCGCAGACCGGCUCAGGGAAGACGCUGGCGUUCCUGCUGGCGCUGAUCCACACAGAUCUGCAGCCGAUCCCGCGCGAGGAGCGCGGCGGCCCCAACGUGCUGGUGCUGGCGCCCACCCGCGAGCUGGCCCUUCAGACCGAGAAGGAGGUACAACUACAGGGGAUCCGGAGUGUUUGUGUGUACGGCGGCGGCGACCGACGCACGCAGGUCAAGGCCGUCUGCUCCGGGGUCGAGAUCAUCAUCGCCACGCCGGGCCGACUCAACGACCUGGUUCAGGCUGGGUUCAUUGACGUGACGUCAGUGACGUACCUGGUGCUGGACGAGGCGGACCGCAUGCUGGACAUGGGCUUCGAGCCGGAGAUCCGCAAGGUGCUGCUGGACAUCCGGCCCGACCGGCAGACCGUCAUGACCAGCGCCACCUGGCCAGUGGACGUGCGCCGCAUCGCCGACAAGUACAUGCAGACGCCCAUCCACGUGGUGGUCGGCACGCUGGACCUGCCAGGCCUGCCGCACACCCGUCGAACAGAUCAUCGUCUCUGCCGCGACGAGGAGGAGAAGAAGGAAAAGUUGGACGAGUACCUGUACAACAUGGGACCCGAUGAGAAGAUUAUCGUCUUCUUUCGGCCGGAAGGAGGAGCGCGAGAUCGCCAUCGAGGAACAUGCAGUCGGGCUCCGUGCCGCGUGCUGUUCGCCACCGACGUGGCGUCGCGUGGCAUCGACAUCGCCGACGUCACGCUGAUCGUCAACUUCGACUUCCCGCGCCACAUCGAGGACUACGUGCACCGGGUGGGCCGGACGGGCCGGGCCGGCAAGACCGGUCGGGCCGUGACGUUCAUGGUGCGCGAGGACUGGCGGCACGCGGCCGAACUCAUCGAGAUACUGCAGAAGAACCAGGCGGAGGUGCCCGACUGGUUGGUCGAGAUGUCCGAGCGGUUCAGCCGGAUGAAGGAGCGGCGCGCGGCCGAGGGCGGCGACGGCGAGCGGCGGGGACGCGGCGGCCGCGGCCGGCCCGGCGGCGAACACAGCGCGCAAGACCUCGAGCUGAGCUCCGACGGGUCCGGCACCCACACCAGUCGCUCCGGCGGCCAGCGCUACUUCGUGGCGUACCCGGACGCCGCGUCGGCGCCCGAAGUGGCGGAGCGCGAGCGGCAACG